AACACGAUGGAGUUCAAAGGUUGUCUUUGUCUUGUCUUUUUGCUUUCGUUCGUUCUCGUUAACUCAGCUCGAAUUAUGUCUGAUUCAGUUUCAGGAAAACAAGCAACUGAGAUUGUGAUAAACGACUAUUCUGAUCCCGGUAAAAAUCCUACUCUUAGUCCAGUGGUGCCCAAGCAAUUUCCUCCACCACCACCGGAUUUUAAAGCUUCUGUGAUGAACGACUAUUCUGAUCCCGGUAAAAAUCCUACUCUUAGUCCAGUGGUGCCCAAGCAAUUUCCUCCACCACCACCGGAUUUUAAAGCUUUUGUGAUGAACGACUAUUCUGAUCCCGGUAAAAAUCCUACUCUUAGUCCAGUGGUGCCGAAGCAAUUUCCUCCACCACCACCGGAUUUUAAAGCUUUUGUGAUGAACGACUAUUCUGAUCCCGGUAAAAAUCCUACUCUUAGUCCAGUGGUGCCGAAGCAAUUUCCUCCACCACCACCGGAUUUUAAAGCUUUUGUGAUGAACGACUAUUCUGAUCCCGGUAAAAAUCCUACUCUUAGUCCAGUGGUGCCGAAGCAAUUUCCUCCACCACCACCAGAUUUUAAAGCUUCUGUGAUGAACGACUAUUCUGAUCCCGGUAAAAAUCCUACUCUUAGUCCAGUGGUGCCCAAGCAAUUUCCUCCACCACCACCUGAUUUUAAAGCUUUCGUUGUUGCCAAUAACCACAUUAGCACGGAGCCCUAAACAAAUCCGUUUGUCGAAGUGGAACAUGUCAGCAAGAAAACUCGAAUAAAGAACUACUUCUAUGUCGAAGUAAUAUUAGUA